GGAAGUGAAAACAAAUCAAAACAUGAGCGGACGAGUGUCUGGCUAAUAUUUCAAGCAAGGUGUGGCUGAUGUGAUCACCAUCAAGAGUAACCAUCGUCCAGAUAAGCAUCAAGUUCUAACGAUGGGGGACAUAACAACGUUGUUGAUCUCCUGUUUUACCUGGUUGACCCUGUACUUUACGCUGUGCCUGGUGAACCCUCGUAGGAGCUAUGAGUGGCACAUACGCACAGUCACGACCAUUCACGCCAUCACCGUCAUUCUGCUGGGUUUAUACAGCGUGUUUGUGCUCGGACCGUGGCCAUUUGACCUAAUGGGUGGAAAGAGUUCCGACUUCCAGACAUUUGUGAUCACUGUUUCCCUGGGCUACUUCCUUCUGGAUCUCUCCUGGUGCCUCUAUUUUAGAACUGAAGGGCCAGUGAUGAUGCUGCACCACACACUCAGUAUAGUGGGUCUGUCCAUUUGCUUUGGGAUAGAAAUGUAUGGUAUCGAGAUGGUCACAACUAUUACCGGUGCAGAGAUCACCAAUCCGCUACUUCAGCUACGUUGGUUCCUAAAAGAGACAAAACAAUAUGAUACCAAACUUGGGGAUAUAGUUGAUGUUGCCUUUAUGGUUAUUUUUGGAGUGUUUAGAAUUGUGUUAGGUACUAUGUUGCUUAUUUCCUGUUAUAUGCAAGACAAUACGGACUGGUUAACAAGAUUCGGGGGUACCUGUAUCUAUAGUAUAGGCUGGUUGUUCUGGAUAAGUAUAGUACAGUAUGGUUUUAAGAGGUACAGGAGAAGAUACGGGUCAAAAUCAUCUAAGUCAACAACCAAUGGUCAUCUGAAAUCAAACAGUGAAGCAAAUGGAGUGACUGGCUCGGAAAAGGACCCAGGUUCUGAGAAGAUAUUUUGUAGUGAACAGGGUAAUGGAAGCUUGAAUGGUGAGAUUAACGGCAACUUGACGAAGAGGCAUGUUGCCAAUGGAGUGAAGGAAAGUGCUUCAUCCACUGACUUGCUGUAGGAUCUGCAAUGAUCGAGUUGUGAUAUCACAGCUGCAAUAGUGAUCAACCAUUCCAAUGUACUUUCAUAUACCUUUAUAUCAACUAUUUAUUUAUUAGUCUUUAUUUUUAGCUCGACUAUUCGAAGAAUAGGUGGGCUAUACUACUCGCCCCAGCGUCGGUGUCGGCGUCUGGUUAAAAUUUAGGGCAAGUUGGGAUUUUCACUUAUAAGUCCAAUACCCUACAUUCAAUUGACUUAAUACUUCACACAGUUGUUCAGGGCCAUCACAUGAUGAGGUUAGAUAACUCCAUAUUAUUCUUUUCACAGAUUAUGGGCCCUGAUUGACUAUGGAACUUGGGUUAAAGUUUUAGGGCAAGUUGGAAUAUUUAUUAAUAACUUCUAUAUCCUUUGUUCAAUUGACUUAAUACUUCACACAGUUGUUCAGGAUCAUCACACAAUGAGGUUACAUAACUCCAUAUUAUCCUAAAUACAAGUUAUGGCCCCUGAUUGACUUAGGUUAAAGUUUUAGGGCAGGUUAAAGUUUUAGGGCAAGUUGGGAUUUUCACUUAAAACUCCAAUACCAUUCAUUCAAUUGACUUAAUACUUCACACAGAUGUUCAGAGCCAUCACAUAAUGAGGUUACAUAACUCCAUACCCUUAAUACAAGUUAUGGCCCCUGAUUGACCUAGGUAUAAGUUUUAGGCAAGUAAAAGUUAAGGGCAAGUUGGGAUUUUAAUAAAAAAAAAACUUCUAUACCGUUCAUUAAAUGCACUUAAAAUAAAAUUCAACAUUAUUUACGACCAUCUUACAACAAGAAACAUAACUCCGUUUUAAGCCUAAAUACAAAUUAUGGCCCUUGAAUUUUUUUUUUAUUUUUUUUUUUUAAUUUCCUUUGAAAGGCAUAUUUGUAUAUUCUUAACCACAUUUUCAUAAUGGGAAAUCAAGUUAUUUGAAUGAAUUGCGUCAUUGUUUGGGCGGGCUGGUGGGAGGGCAGCAUCAAAGUCACCUUAUGUAUCGAAUAAUUUUAGUUAGGUUUGACAUAAAGAGAUGGCACGCCAGGCAUAUUAUUACAUCAUUAUUGUAUUCUAAGUCAAAGCGGCGUAGUCGAGCGCGCUGUCUUACGACGGCUCUUGUUGUAUAUUGUGGUGGGGCGGUAUUCAUAAAUCUUCUUAAGUCGUUUCCUAACUCAAGUCAAUUUCUUAAAAUUUUCAAAUUCAAAUGAAAAGAAAUGUAUAUUAAGUGUUUAUAACAUUAAAGUAUGUUUUUUUCAAUUGGGUUAAUAGAAAUAAUGUAAUAGAAAUAAUGUAUUUUGGAAAUUCUUUAUUUUUUUAUUUUAUAUGACUAAAGAGAUCAAUUACUAAAAUUAGGAAUGUGACUUAAGUUAGGAAAUGACUUAAAAAGUUUUAUUAAUACCGCCCUUGUCAACCCUUGUGUGGCCUUGUUGAAUGCUUUUUCUAAGUUUGUAUGCCAGAGGCUUAAAAGGGAAUUGGCUUUUGUGAAAAUGAACCUAUUAAAAAAACUAAAAUCCAUAUGUAUUGCUGUUCUGUAUGUUUAUUACUAAAGUGUAGCUGUACUUCAUGAAGUUAACUGCACAGCUUCAGCAGUAAUAUUUUGGCUUUAUUUUCCUUUUUGUAUGUUAUAUAAGUCGGUUUUUGAGUAUGUUUCAAAGAUUUGUAUUUGGUUUAUGUAAAACUUACAUGUAUGUAAGGCUAUAAUGGUUUGAUAUUUUUUAUUCCAGUGAUAAAUACAGAUGUAUUUAACACAUGACCCUUAUUAUCAGUCUGAUAUCCGUAUGGUACUUAUACUCGUCUGAUGCAAUAUACUUAUAUGCAUAAUUUUGUGAUGUUGGCAAACUUCUAUAUUUGUUAAACAUUGAAACUUUCAUAAAUAUAUAGUCAUUUUAUCAUAAAUAUAUAGUCAUUUUAUCAUAAAUAUAUAGUCAUUUUAAAGUGUUUGUCUAUGAGUGUGAAUAUACCAUUAAGUGUUAGCUGGCAAACGAUUUAAUUAAUGUGUAUGUAAACAAAUAAACAUAUAAGCUUGCAUUGGCUAUGAAUAUGAAGAUAAUAACCUACCUUCCAGCCAAUGAAAAAGCCUUUCGAGCUCCAAUAAGGACCAUGCUUAAUCGUUAGGACUAGCAGUUAUUAUGAAGUGGUGGUAUUUGAAAAACCAAUUACAUGGUUCUUAUCUUUAAAUGUAUACGAUCUUUAUUCAAAUUUUGUUUGUAUACAAUUUGUGUUUGUUACUACGUUUUCUUGUCUCAAAUUAGCUGUAAUGUCUAAACUGUUCUGUCUUGUGUAUCAAUACGAUGAAUGAUAUGGACAAGUUGCUUGAAAAAUCAAUUGUCUGCAUCAGAUCACCUUACAAUUGUGAUAUUAUUUUUCAUAAAUAUACCGGUACAAGUAUAUUAUUUAUGUGUAUAACAGUUUAGGUAAUUAGCAAAUAAGAUGUUUAUUAAGAACAGCGUCACCGUUUGUGUUGAUGAAAUUGACUUGCUUUUAACAAUUAUCCAAAUGUGUUGCAGUUAAUUCACGUUUUCAUUUUGUACUUUCUCUACUGACAAAAUUUAUUUGAUUUUCUAUGAAUUUAUUUUAGAUUAAUAUUUUUGAAUAAAUCUUCAAAGUUAA